UGGAUUUUGCUUCUUUUUGGGUUUUACAUUGAUGCUUUUGCUUUACAUUCUUGAUUGAUGGACGUCUUGCCUGCUCCCACACACAAACCCCACAAUGGUAUAUGAUAAUGGAAGAAAGGAGAGGACUUUGCUCUAAAUACACCCUCACACAGACAAUCCAUAUGUGCAUAUUGUUGCUGCAUCUUUCAAGUACCCUUUAGAUGUCAGUAUAUCUUUAGAAUGUCAGACAAGAAAAUAGCUGCAGCUAAUAUAGCAUUGUAUAGGCCUGUGAACUGUGGUUUAAGAGGGAGAAAAAAGGAGACUUUUUUAGCAUCUGGGUGUUUAUUGCAAAAGUCUAAAAGGUGUCUCUUCUCUUGGUUUUGUGUGGCUGUUGGAAGGACUGAAACUGGCUUUAUUGGCUGUUACAUCUAUAGGGCUCUGGCGGAGUUCAUAGCCAUGACAGCUUUAAUGUACCGUUUGCUUUUCUUGGGCAUUGAAUUUAACCUUUGUUAUGGGGAGUUAAUACAAAAACAAAGUGCAGUGAAAAAAGCCAAUAGUAUGAAGAUUUUGAUAGUUGAAUAGUGAAGUGGGGUUGGUGAAAAAGUAGACGGCAAUGGCAUCAGCUUCUUGUAACAAGCAGAGUCCAGUGCCUGUGAAAGAACAAGUGAUGAACUAUCUUCAAUACCCAGCACCUCUGGCAAGAUAUGAGGAUGUUAUUGCCAGCCCUAAGAUUUUCAUGGCUACUUUGGAGAAGCUCCAUGCUUCUAUGGGAACCAAGUUCAUGAUCCCCAUUAUUGGCGGAAGGGAGUUGGACUUGCAUAGGCUCUUUGUGGAGGUAACUUCUCGUGGUGGUCUUGAGAAGGUUAUUAGAGAGAGAAGAUGGAAGGAAGUGACCAGCAUUUUCAACUUUCCUUCUACUGCUACAAAUGCAUCUUUUGUGCUGCGCAAGUACUAUGGCUCUUUGCUUCACCACUAUGAGCAGCUUUACUUUUUUAAAGCCCAGGGCUGGACUCCCGGUCCCAGCUCACCUGUUCCCUUGCACAGCCCAUUUGCAUCACGGGUUCCAGCACAAGUGACCGUGCAGCCAUCACCAGAGUAUCAAGCAGCUACAGCUCAGCAACAAAAGACAAACAUUGCAGAGUUUUGUGGAGAAUCAUCAGGAAGUUCUCAAGUCACUGGGGUAAUUGAUGGGAAGUUUGAGAGUGGAUAUCUUGUUACCGUAACAAUAGGGACUGAGAAGCUCAAAGGUGUUCUUUAUCAGGCACCACAAAACCAAUCAUACCCAAUGUCACAGCAUUAUAAUGUCUCUGCCAACAAUACUGGUAACGUCCAUGCUGUAUCAGGCACACAACGGCGCCGGCGAAGAAAGAAGAAUGAGAUAAAAAGGAGGGAUCCUGCUCAUCCAAAGCCAAACAGAAGUGGUUAUAAUUUCUUUUUUGCUGAGCAGCAUGCAAGAUUGAAGCCCCUUUACCCAGGGAAGGACAGAGAGAUCAGUAAAAUGAUUGGUGACCUAUGGAACAAGUUGAAGGAAUCUGAGAAAGCAGUUUAUCAGGAGAAAGCUAUUGAAGAUAAAGAAAGAUACAGAAUAGAAAUGGAAGAUUACAGGGAAAGAUUGAAGACAGGGCGAGUUAUUAGUGAUGCAGUACCACUACAGCAAUGGCUACCUGAGCGGGAUAUAGAUAUGGUGGAGGCUAACAUGAAAGCUGAUGAAGCAGAAGGAGGGGACUCUCCUCAUAAUCUGGAUAAUGACAGUAGUUGUGGUGAAAGUGAUUCUGAAGAUGAAGAUAAAACGGCAGAGAAGGAUUUGGAUAGGGCAGCAUCUCUUGGGAUGCAAUUUAAUGUUCACAGUGGUCAUGUGGGAGUAGAAGCUUCAGCUGAAGCAGCUGCUUUUGAGCCAUCUACUAGGGAAGGAAAUAUUGGAGUGCAGAGGAUGGUUGGCAAUGAAAACUUGGAGAAUGUGAUAGUUGAAACAGACACAGAAGUACCCAGCAAAGAACAAUGAAUUUUACUUGAAGUAGGAUUUAACUCGUGUUCAUUAUAGCGUUCCUGAAUCAUGGCUACAACUAGAUAAGAUAUUUCUCUUGAUAUUACAUCUGUUCGUCUAGAACUUGCGUUUAAUUGUUUCUAGUCCAUCGUGCAUACUUAGUUUUAGUGUUAAGUAAUGUAGGGAGGUGCAGAAGUUUUGGCUGACUUGUGACAGUUUUGUAGGGAGGAGAAAACUUUGAUGCAUUUGUUGAACUAACAUUGUGGUUGCUUCUCAGCCUAUGCUUUGCCAUUGUGAAUGCUACUAAUGGUAAUUCUGGUGAAAUGUAAGUGAGUGUGAGAUUCUGCAGCUGCAGCUAAUUAAUUUGUACCUGUUUUCCAAUGCUA